CAGAACUCGACUGGAGUGUUUUCUCAGAGGCCUUCACUGGUGGCAUUGUUGUUGAGAGACGGUACAAUUCAGUUUGUAAUGUUAUUACUGCUGGACGUCAGCGUCAGCAUACUAUCACUUAUUGGCCAGAACGCCCUAUACAUUGUCGGCAAUGUAGACAAACCGCUCACCACAAUUCUUGUCUCUCGUAUUUUGCUAAACAUCCAAGAAACGGCCCGACCCGCGCAGAGGCAGCAAACCGAUACUCCCUCGUUUGUGCGCUCAGGCCAUGGCGUGCAGACCGAAGCGGACAUCGACAUUCCCAGCCUUGUGAUCCCUUCUGAUGCCUCAAACAGCAUCCCCGCAAUCGGUCCAGAGACGGAACCUUCCGUAGCCACCGCCAACCGGGUAAACGCUGUUGUGGACGAGUCAAUGGUCGCCGGACCUUCGAAUCAACACCGUCAUCGCGAAGUACAGGAAGUUGAGGUACCCAUGGAGGCUGGGCCCUCUGGUCAAGGCCGCGAGGACGAUGUGGAGCAAGGGCAGGCGGAGGGAGAGGCCGCGGAGGAUUGGGAGGACGAGUACUAAGAUGAGGUGCUGAGUUGUUCGUGUAACGUGCUUUGGAAUCUGAUGUGAGAGGCCCCGGUGCGACCUGCGCCACCGGCGUGGGAGAGUAGUAGCGCGCGUGUAUAUAAUAGGGCGCGGCUACAAUGGGACGGGCCAUCGGUUUGGCCCCGUGGAGCCAUCUUCUAGAGAGCGGGCGACUCCCAAACUCCUGGCCGCGCAGUGGGCUGGCUGGGAAAGUCAACAUUAUGUACUUUAGGUCCGCAAUUCUUUCUCUAUAUCGAAACUUUCCUAUGCUAGGCCGCAGGUGUCCUGGUUCCGUAUUUAUUGGUUUUUGGAAAAUCGUACAAUCUUCGCUGUCAUACACCCCUCAUACUAUAUGGUACUACGCACGCAUCCGGAUUUCUAUUCAUGUAUUUUUUUGUCU